CACAUCAUCUCCAACUUUCCCUUGAGACCGCACAAUCCUCAACUUCUCCAAAACUUAAAAAAUAUACAAACACAUCCCAUUCCAUGGCUACCCAAUUCUUGAUCCUGACUUUAGCAAUUUCCCUAACGGUCCUAACUUUGCCUAUUUAUGCCCAAAUCACUACACCAUGCACCCCUUCAAUGAUUUCUACCUUCACACCUUGCAUGAAUUUCCUUACUAAUAGUAGCCUUAAUGGGACUUCUCCUCCUGCAGAUUGCUGCAAUUCACUCAGAUCUUUAAUGAGCAGUGGCAAGGACUGUUUCUGCCUCAUGACGACCGGUAGUGUUCCGUUUAACAUGCCCAUCAACCGGACCUUAGCCAUUUCUCUCCCCCGCGCCUGUAACAUGCCCAGUGUGCCCCUCCAGUGCAAAGCAUCUGGUGCUCCAGUUCCAGCUCCAGCUCCAAGUCCAACAGCAUUUGGACCAACGAUGUCACCAAAAUCUGCUCCAUCUCCUACUUCUGAAGCUCCGACCUCUCCAGAGCCCCUGUCGCCACCACUUUCUCCAGAAGCCGAUGCAACUCCAACUCCACCAUCGGCAACCACCGGCCCAGGAGCCCCAACAAGCAAUACAGGGAACAGAGCAGGAGUGACCCCAUCGGCGGCUCACCCUUUGUUCAGUGCUUCGCCUUUGCUUCUUCUUGCCGUGCUUGGAGUUUUUGCUUUGAAAUACUAUUAAUUUGUUGCCUCGAUUAUAGGGUAUUCUUUAGGGGUUGGGGGUUUAAUUUAGUUUCAGUGAUUUGAUUUGUUGAGGGAGUAUUGUUGUUUCUAUUUGUAAUAUUGAUGUUGAGAUACAAUCAUUUAUUUCUAUAUUGAAUUGGGAUCUCAUGUAUGUUUA